AUGAAGGUGUAUUUGGCUUAUUUAGAGUGGUACAUGAAGGUAUGCAAAGCCAAUGGCCAGGGUCCUGGUUACUAUGACAGCUUCAAAAAUGCAGGAGAAAGACGCGACAGUGGAGUUUAUAAGUACAAGACAAUCCUCACAAAUUACUGGGAGCAUCUAGUCAACGAAGCGGAGAAGAAGCCUCACUUAUUGGGCACGCGACUGCGGUCCCAUUGGCUCUACGGAGGGACAAACUACCGGAGGAUAGUUGAACCUCUGGACAUAGCGGAGCAUUACAAAAGAGGCCGAAAAGAUUACAUAAAACAAGGAAGGUCCAAACACUACAUUCUGCUGGAAAAGUGGCUAAAACAUCAGGAAGAAAAUGGCAGGGAGCGGGCCGGGCAUUUGAAUUCGAAAUUGGAAAACAUCGAGUCUUGCGUGACGGAGGACUUGUGCUUCUGGGCACGCGUGGAGGAGGCCAUCCGGUCGUGCAGAUUGCUGGACAGCAGAGGAUCACUUGACGGUUCCGAAAGAGAGAAGUUAGUCAAGUUCAAGGAGGAUGUUGUGGCCUUGAUCAAGGAUUAUGCGGUUUCGCCGGACAUCUUUCUGGAGAAGAGCAGCUAUAUGCAAUGGUGGAGGGAGUAUGUGGAGAUCCUGGAGAGGCAAAUGAUGGGUGAUUCUCACAAUUCACAGCUUGUUGCUUUCAUGAGGGAGGAGCGUUACAAGAAUUAUGCUGAAGGUUCCCCAAGGAUGUUUCAAGAGGGUCAUUCAAAUGUGGCCGCGAGCCUCCCGGUGAGGCUCGUCGGCCACCGGACGAGGCCCUCGCCCGGCCUCUCCUGGGUCGUGGGCGAGGCUGGCCUGGCCCUCUCCCAAGGCCGCCGACAAGGCGCUUCGCCCGGAUCGGGUGAGGUCGAGCGGCCCCUCGCCGGCCCGCCGGAGAGGGUCACGGCCCUCGCUUAG